GGUCAUCAAAGUUCACAUGUCUGUCCUUCCCUAUCAAAACACACACCACAAACACAUUUAAGGAGAGCCAUGAACAAAGAGAGCUCAGAAAAAGAAGAUUGAAGAACAACCCACCUCUUUUCUGAUUGUCAUCUCUCUCUCUCUCUCUCUCUCUACAUAAAUAAUUCUCAAAUAUAGAGGAACUUCAUAGAAGCUCAUAUACAGGACACAAGCCCAUGUUGAUGCCAAAUAGAAGUUUGCUCAAGGUCAUUGUUCUUGGAGAUAGUGGGGUGGGAAAGACAUCUUUGAUGAAUCAAUAUGUGUACAAGAAAUUCAGUCAGCAGUACAAAGCAACCAUUGGAGCUGACUUUGUGACAAAAGAACUGCAAAUUGAUGACAAAUUGGUCACUUUGCAAAUUUGGGACACAGCAGGGCAGGAAAGAUUUCAUAGCCUGGGUAUAGCAUUCUACAGAGGGGCAGAUUGCUGCAUUCUUGUAUAUGAUGUUAAUGUGCCCAAAUCAUUUGAAACACUUCAAAAUUGGCAUGAAGAGUUUCUCAAACAGGCAGAUCCAACUGAUCCUGACACAUUUCCAUUCGUAUUGAUUGGAAACAAGUUGGAUGUAGAUGGUGGAAGCAGCAGAGUGGUUUCUGAGAAGACAGCAAGGGACUGGUGUGCUUUAAAGGGAAAUAUACCUUACUUUGAGACAUCAGCAAAAGAGGAUUACAAUGUUGAUGCUGCUUUUUUGUGUAUAGCAGAAACUGCCCUUGCCAAUGAACAUGAGCAGGACAUCUAUCUCCAUAGAAUCUCAGAAUCUAUUUCUGAAACUGAGCAAAGUGGAGGAUGUGCAUGUUGAGUUCAGCCACUACAAAGUUACAGUAAUUCUGUUUAUAUGGUUCUUUCUUUUUGCUAGCAUUUGUUAUAGUUAGAGAAGGAGAGACAGAGAGAGUACGCACAUGUAUGCAAGUCACUCAUUUUCUAGAGACCUAUUUAUUUUGUGAUUCUAAAUAAAUUUGAAUGUACAUUCUUGUGAACAUGUAUAUUGUAAUAAACAA